GUCCUUAGUCUUUUUUGUUGUUUUACAUCAUAUAGUCCUCAAAAUUGUGGCUGAUGGCUUCCAGUGCGGGUAAUGCUUGAAUCUUUCAUCAUCGUUCUUUGCACGUGCAUUUCCAACCUCCUUCAUGCAGUGAGGAGAGUAUUUGUGGCUGAGUUAGCUGGUGUAGCUAAUGUAGGCCAACGGCCCUCUUGUCAAGAGGUGUUCAUGGAGGAUUUGAGCUCGAAACAAGUGGCUGUCAAACAGCUGAAGCAGCAGUACUUGGAGGCCUUGCAGGCCAACGAUGCCCAGGAGGUCCUCCGGAUCCUGCACACGAGCAAGCUUGACAUUGACACUGUGCUGGAGGUGGAUGACCCCAGCAUGGUCCUGGCUUCUUACAAACAAGGGUACUGGUUGCCAGGGUACAAACUGGAAAAAUCCUGGGCGAUGGGUCUUCAUGUUUGCGUGAUGUACAACGCUGUGGAAACUGCACUGGUGCUCCUUCAGGAAGGUGCUGCCAUCAACCGCAUGCCCAACGGGAAGACGCCAUUGCACGUGGCCUGCGAAGUGUCCAGUGCCGACUGUGUGGCUCUGCUCUUAGCCCACGGCGCAAAGGUCAACAGUCUGUCACUGAGCGGACACACACCACUGCACUACUGCAUCACCAAAGAGUCAGUGGAAUGUGCCAAGUUGCUCAUCCUGAAAGGUGCCGAAGUUAAUGCCCCCAGCCACAACAAUGAAGAGGACACACCAUUACACACUGCAGCCAGAUUUGGAGUCCCAGAGCUAGUGGCCCUCUAUUUAGCCCACGGAGCAUCUGUAGAUGGACUCAAUUCUUUCCAAGAGAGCGCCCUGAUGACCGCUGCCUUUUGGUCAUUUGACCCCAAAGAACAAACCUACAGCCAAGAUCACCAUCUUGUCGCCCGCCUCCUGUUGGACCACAAAGCAGAUGCCAACCUUCAAGAGGAGGACCAUAAAACUGCUCUUCACAAGGCAGCCUGGAACUGCGAUCAUAUCUUGAUGCAGAUGUUGCUAGAAGCCGGAGCAGAUACACGAGCCAUGGACAUCAACGGCUGCUCUCCCAUUCAGUAUCUCAUCAAAGUGACUGAUGUCAGGCACACGGCCCUACCUGAAAUCUGCUAUCAGCUGCUGCUCAACUACAAUGCAGCUAGGAUCUAUCCACCACAGUUCCACAAGGUGUUGCAGUCCUGCCACGACUACCCCAAAGUUGUCGAGAUCAUGGUCAACUGUUAUGGACGUUUGAAGCCCACAAGAAAGUGGAGAACUGCCAUUCCUGAUGACUGCUAUAAGCGACAUAAGGAAUUCUACGACUCUUUGUACGCCGUUUGUACUAACACCCCUCGCAGCUUGCUGCACCUGACCAGAUGUGCCAUAAGAGGCAGUAUAGGUGGCUCCUGCGAAAGAGGUGUAGCCAAUCUCCCAUUACCGUCCAGCAUGAAGAGCUAUUUGUUGUUGAAACCUGAGGGCAUACUGUACUGAUUCCUGGGCAAAAGAGGGUUUCAACUGAGAACAUUCAAUACCAGCUGGGAGGAUGACAAGUCAAUUCCCAACAUGUUACUUUCUCUGAAUCUAAAAUCCUGCUUGCUGCUCCAGCGUAGCUAAAUCUACCUGGCAACCAGUCUUGAUGCUCUCAAAAUGUCCUACAGAUGUUUGCUAGAACAAACACUUGACAAGCUUCCCAACAAGUGGACUGCACUCAUAUGUAUGUUGAAAAACUACUUUCCACUCUGGCCCCUACACUCCUAUUUUCACUAAAAAAUGUACCAAAUAUUUUUAAAGAGGAUGGCUAGAAUACUUGGAAAAGUCUCAAGAUACUUGAAUAUGACUUGUAACAUUGGUCGAAGAAAACCAUGCUAUAACGGUGUGAGCAUUUACUAAAUCUCGGUGUUCAAUUCAAUUUAUUAUGGAGAGAUAAUACCAGUGGAUUGCAUAGUUGGAAGUAGAGGUGUCACAAGACACUCAGCUCACGAGACAGGGCGAUACAUGAGAUUGGGUCUACAAGACUGAGAUGAGACGAGAUUUUAACAUUACUUUAGUGAAAAGUACAAGGAAAAAAUAUUAAAAGUAUAUGACGAUAUAUUGCAGUCUACUUAUUUAAUUUCGUAUGUUACUUUGCACUGCUCCUCAAGAGGUUACACUGUUCUGCACAGUGUGUGGAUGCCACCGAGACAAAGAGAAUGUAUGACUGACAAAAGGGCUCACGCCGUUCAUACUGUUGUUCUAUGGAAUGCAUAGAGUGAACUCUCUUCCUGCCUGUUUUGAGGCGAGAGACGAGAAAAACAGACACGCAUGCGCAUGACUCGCCAGUUGCUAGAAACAAUGUUACAAAUCUAAUGCAUCUACAAGCAAUAGAGCAAAGGAGAGCGCCACGAAAAGUGACAACAAACAGCAGAAAAGGCUAAUGUAGGCUGCUCCUUGCAAAACACACACCCUUGCGCCAAAUUUUCAUGAAACUUGGGUGCUUCGGUUAAAACCUUGGUAUUCCAUCAAUUAUAAUGUGCUUUAACAUUUGGGCUGAACAAACUUUUCUUUGAAAAGAACUUAGUAAGCAUUUGGCAGCCUGCUUUUAGCUUUCUUUUCCUCUCGUGUCUCCUUUCUCUUCUGGCAGCCUGAUUUUUUUCUUUGCGGGGGGACAUGAUGUUGCGUCGCUCAGAGCACUGUGUACAAAUGAGUCGCUACAUCCAUCCUUUUUAUAUGGUCCCUUGCCUUGGCUUUUGUAUACGGUCUAGGUUUUUGUACAAUAUUGCACGUCACAAACUGGUCUGUUUGACCGGUACUGUAUCGUACAAAAUGUUCCCUGACUCACUGCAUUUUUUAGUGGAGUGUGACUGCUAAAUAACACACCAUGGGGCCAAAUAAAGUUGAGGUUGACAGAAAUUUCAUAAAGAAAGUGAGAACCACUACUGAAUUCGACCUCGCCAGGGUGUCUGCAUCAACAAUAACUUCCAUUCUUUUAUCAUUUAUGAUUAUUUUGAUUUGUUUUCCUUGAUGUAUAUCUAUAAUUACUAUACAUGACAAAAGAAUGGAACUUAUUGUUGAUGCAGACUUAUUUUUAUGUGUUUUCCUUGAUGUAAAUCUAUAAUUAUUCUAUAUAUAAUGUAUUUUCUGUUCAUAUUUUUGGGUGUCAUAUUAUGUUUACGUUAUUGCAUUUCAUCAAAGCUUUUGAAAGGAACCAAUGAGGUACCUGUACCAAAACUCCUCCCAGAUGUAAAAGAACAUGUAAAAGAAAAAACAUCUUCAAAACGGUACUAGUGCACCCCCUGUGCUUGUGGUGGGGCCCUUGGGGCAAUUUCUGUAUGCUGACAUACUUGUGGUCUAGACUACAGCAGACAGAACAUUAUCUGGGUGGCGCUAUUAUGCAAAUAAUUGAUGUGAACAUAACCAGGUUGGGUCAUCAGGGCACACUAAUGAAGGGGGCAAACAGAGCCAGUGGACUGUGUCUGCUGCAUGUUCCCUAAUACACACUGUGAUGGCAUGUAGCUCUAUUAAAUGUUUGUUUUAUCUUGUAACCAAACUGUGUACAAAUCUGCUGAAGGAAAGAACAACGCUUUGGAGCAGUGGUGUAUUUUUUUUUUUGUGGUAUUUUCUGAGGUUUGCUAUUUUAUUUUUUGGGGUUAGUGUUGAACCAUAUCAUGAUGGGAAUGACAAUACUACAAUGUGAAAUGGAAACCUUUAGUUAAGAGGAAAUGUACGUAAAUGACAUGAAAUUAAUACAGGGAUCAACUUGACAAAUGGUUGAGAGGUAAAACAGUAUGAAUAGUGUGUGGGGAUGCUUUAAAGAUAUUAAAGGCAAUAUCUAAUAGAGCCAUACAGCUUGCAUAAUAUGUAAAGUGAUGUUCGUCAGCAUACAGUAUAUGCAGGUUAGUUCCAAAGGUCAUUUGUUAUUACAUAGCACCUUCUUCUCGCUACAGCAAGAAAGUGUU